UGGGUCCUAAAAGCUGCAGCUUUUUAACUUUUAAUAUUUGCGUCCUGACGCGUGCCACGAGCAGCCGCCACGGACUGAGACUCCCUGAUAUAGUUGGAGGACAGAAAUCCAAAACCAUCAUCGCAGAUUUUUUUUUUCCUCUCUUAUCGUUCAGGUUUGUGUGCGCGAAUGAGCGCGCAUGUUCUGCUGGAGAGGUUUUUCACGAAAUGUUAAGGAUGAUAUCCCUGGGAUGUUUCCUGCUGCUGUUUGGGCUGACGCAUGUCAUGGCAAGUUAUCCCAUCUGGUGGUCGCUGGCAGUGGGACACCAGUACUCAUCAAUGGGUACUCAACCUAUUCUUUGUGGGAGCAUACCAGGUCUGGUGCCCAAGCAGCUGCGUUUCUGCCGGAACUACGUGGAGAUCAUGCCCAGCGUGGCCGAAGGGGUGAAGAUCGGCAUCCAGGAGUGCCAGCACCAGUUCAGAGGCCGACGCUGGAACUGUACCACCCUCAACAACAACCUGGCCAUCUUUGGGCCCGUGUUAGAUAAAGCCACACGAGAGUCAGCUUUCGUUCAUGCCAUCGCCUCGGCGGGAGUGGCCUUCGCUGUGACCCGCGCCUGUGCAGACGGUUCGGCCACCAUAUGUGGAUGUGACACGCGACACAAGGGACCCCCUGGCGAAGGUUGGAAGUGGGGCGGCUGCAGCGAGGACGUGGAUUUCGGGAGCAUGGUGUCGCGGGAGUUUGCAGACGCGAGGGAGAACCGCCCAGACGCCCGCUCAGCGAUGAACCGCCACAACAACGAGGCGGGAAGAACUUCCCUCAACAGCAACAUGUUUCUGAGGUGUAAGUGCCACGGGCUCUCCGGCAGCUGCGAAGUGAAGACGUGCUGGUGGUCGCAGCCCGACUUCAGAGUCAUCGGUGACUACAUGAAAGACAAGUACGAUAGCGCCUCUGAGAUGGUGGUGGAAAAACACCGGGAGUCCCGGGGAUGGGUGGAGACCUUGAGACCCAAGUACAACAACUUCAAACCACCCACGGAGCGUGACCUGGUUUACUAUGAAAGCUCUCCUAAUUUCUGUGAACCCAACCCAGAGACCGGCUCCUUCGGCACUCGGGAUCGCAUCUGCAACCUGACGUCCCACGGCAUAGACGGGUGUGACCUGCUGUGCUGCGGCAGAGGCCACAACACUCGGACUGAGAAGAGGAAGGAGAAGUGUCACUGCAUUUUCCACUGGUGCUGCUAUGUCAGCUGUCAGGAGUGUGUAAGAAUCUAUGAUGUCCACACCUGCAAGUAGAGAUGUAGAAAGGUCCUCCUCUCGCCAAAAGACUUCAGUGGACAGAAGAACACAUGCCGAUAACAAUCGGCAUGGAGCUGUGGACACACUGCUCUGUCUGCGCUGCGAUGCUUCAAAGAGCCAGUUUUGCAGGAAUCCACAGAUAAACAUUCUGAGUGUCCGAAAACGUCAUUCUACGAACUUUGACGAACAUAUGAAAUAAAGUUCAUGUGUUGACAAAGGAAAGAAGAACUGCUAGCUAGUUAACCAACACCAUAUUGGUGAUUCUUUAAUUUCCUCAAUUAGUACGUAGAUCUGUUGAGAAUAGAAAAGCACUGCUGAUCUUUUCAAGUCUGUGAAGAAACAAGAAAGGCAAGAUUUUGGUUUUAAAAAAAAAAUUCUUCUCCUGGUAAACUUGCCGCAGAAAGAUUUAGGAACAGCAUGCACCCUCCUGAACACCGGUUUCCACCUAUCUUGAAACUAACAUGAACGUUGUGCAUGUGUUUUCAUAGAGUUCAGUUCAUAGUGUAACUGAUGUUUGUGUAAGAAUGCACAUGCAUUUGAGGGAAUGUUUGCUAUGACGCGUUUACAUGUUCUCACAUUCUUAAGCUAACAGGUUAAAAUCUGCUUUAAAUGACUAACUUUAUUUAAGAGUUGACAUGAGCCAUGUCUGCUGCAGAAAACAAAAAAAAACAGCAAUACUGAGAGAGGAACAACACACCGUCUGCACAGUCCCCAACACCAGAGAGCAUCGACACUUUGAGCAUCAUGGAGACUUCCAAAAACAGGAAAAAUAUCCGACUGUGUCGCGGUCAGAGAGCUGGAGCUGCGCGUCGGGGGUCAGCACUCAAGUCCUGCUGACUAAUGUGAAGCACGUCUUCCAUGUUUUGAGCAGUAUUAGCAAUAGCGUGUUGAAAAAUGUUAUUUAAAAAUGAAUUGCUAUGUUUUUUGUUUGUUUAAUUGUAUUUUAAUAACUAAUGACAUAGAGAUGUACCCCCAUUAAACUGCAUGUAAAACUGUGUAAGAAAAGCUCUCUUUAUAACACAGAUUACAAAACGUUGUGUCAGUAACUUUCAAUUCGAUCAUUUUACUCUCAAAACAAAUCUGUGCAGCAUCAGUGAAACUCUCCCCUUCUGAUAAUGCUGCUAAAAUGAUGUCUUUUUAGGCUCUGUACUUGUCUUUUUGUGCUAUGUGUGUAUAUAUAUAUAUAUAUAUAUAUAUAUAUAUAUAUAUAUAUAUAUAUAUAUAUAAACUCUCUGCAUGCCUCAAUUCUUUCUGUGAAAGAAGUAUCUUAAUGUAGUUUGAUAAAAAUGUGAAGUUUGACUAAUUAUUUUCAUUUAACCAAAUUGAGCAAAAUAAGGGUUUGAAAUCUUCAUGUGGUUUGUAAUAGAAAACAUUGUGACAACCUGAUGACUCAGAGGAACAAAACACAGCAUUGUUGGGCAGAAAAUGUCCAAAGAAAGCUUUAUUAUUAAAUUUAAAAAAAACACACACACUAUGACAAGACAGUGGGUGAAAUGAGUUUUCAGUCAUUCUUGUAAUAAAAAGUAUUGUUUUGGGUUCUUUUUUGUGUUAAGUUCGUUCCAGCUUUGUUUUGUUUUCCUCUUGAGAAAUUCACAUUCGAGUUUUACCUUAAAUUUAGGAAUAAAUGGAAGAUGAUAUUUAUUUAUUUGGAGAAACUGAAAACUGCGACAUUUUGGCAUAACGUGCAUAUCAAUGGCCUCUCCCCUGUGGAGGGAUGCAUAAUGUUUUCAUUUUUAUCUGUUUACAGUUUGUUGCAGUAAUAUACCCAUAGCUGUACAUCAUGACUGAAAAUAUUAAUAAACAGCCACAAGACUAAAAAAAUACUCAUCAGUACCAGAUCUUUUAUGCUACUAUACACUUUACAUGUGAGUGACUGCUUGUGUGGACAAUGUGUUUCUAUCUUUUAAAUCCAAAGUUUUGUACAAACUAGUUGUAGCGUUUUUAUAAAUUUCUAAAAUUUAAUGUUUUUUUUAUGAUUAUUUAUUUUAUGGUGUGUAAAUAUUAGUGAGUGAAAGUAUAUAUUUGCAGAGAUAAACAUUUUUUCUGGAACAGUGUUGUAACACUGUAGGUUUUUCUUUUUUUAUCAUCAUUGUUUUGGUAUUUUCUUACACAGACUUCACACCGGCAUUGCUUGCCCCUGUUAUAGAUUUCUAUCAGUUAACAACUUCUGUAACAUGAAAAUAAAGCAAUAAAAGAAGUGUUUUAAAAAAAUGUCA